CACAGCGUGGGAAUACUGCAUUGCUUAACCUUAUUUGUUUUAUCUCUGUUUGUUGGGGAUUUGUUUUGCCAUACGCACUCUUUUCCUUCAGUUAACCCCCAACUACUGCUAUUACUUCUUUCCUGUGCUUGCAUGUGACAGGGGAAGAUGGUGCGCAGUAGUCAGCCCACGUACAAAGAGAAUGCAUCGCGGCAGAAGGAGAACAUGCAUAUGAGCCUCGUCAAUGCGCUGGCCAGCCUGGAAGAAGCCAGCCGGCGGACCUUCAAUACGCGCAUGGAAGAGCUGAUCUUCCCGGAGAAGAUCUGGCUGAUCUGCGAGACCAACCUGCUGUCGCGUUUCAUGACGUGGGGCGAUGAGAAGGGCAUGGUGAUGAUUAAUCUGGCAGAGUUUGAAGACGGACUCCUCGCCAAUUACGGCACCACGCAUCUGUUCAAGACAGGCAAGCUGGUGUCGUUCAUCCGCCAAUUUAAUCUGUAUGACUUCAAGAAAAAGCGCGAUCUGUUCCUGGAUUUGGAUGGGCAGGGCAAUUACACACGCUUUGGAUUGUACUACCAUCAGUAUCUGCGCUCGGGUGAUCAGCAGUUGUUGGCGCGAUGUGCCCGGAAAGUCGUCAAACGUCUACCCUUGAGCGGCAAUAGUGUUCGUGUGAUGAAAAAAGAUUCCGAGUCCGAUGAGGAGACUCAGGAGAGCAUUUCCAGUAGCAAGGGACGUCGUCGUCGUGUGACGUACAGGCAUUCCACAGCCGAUGGCCCUUUGAAUGUCCCGUCCAAAUCCGGCGUCAUCAAGCGAAUGUCAUUGCGCGUGGCCAACCGUCGCGCAAAAGGUACAGCCGACAGCAUUCCUCUCUUCAAUAAUAAGCACGCAGUGGCUCGAAAGAAUCGCGUCCGGACGGAACUGCAGCGCACCAGUCUGAUUCAGCGCUGGCUGGAGAUGCCGAAAGAAUGGUAUGACCUCCCGGAAUUACAGCGCCGCCGUGAUCCCACCGCGCGGUCACUGUUCGAGAAGUACAACUGGAAUCUGGAUCCGAUGGUGGUGGGCGAUCUGGCGGCACUGGCCAGCUACGGGAUGCGGGAGGACCACAGUGCGCCCAUGACCGAUGAGGAGCUGCUGCGCUGGAUCAAGGAUAUGGAUAAGCUGCCGGUGCUGUUGUCCGUGGUGUCUGCGCCGGUUUUCCAUCGCCUGUAAAAUGCAUACUCUUGAUAUCGGGGUGUUUGCUUCUGCCUCAAAUAUUUAGCCCGUUUUUGUUUUGUUUUUUUAUCAGAGAUUCUACUUUUUAUUCCCGUUUGUUGUGCUGCUUUCGGCUGUGCUUUUUUGGCUGUUUUCUUGGUUUCGUUUGGUUGUCUUUUGUAGUAGUGUGUUGUGCUGUGCUUUUUUUACUGCUUGUACCUGUAUAUUUAUUUUAUAUCGCUCAAUUUACUCCCGACGACUUUUUGAUAGCGGCAUGGUGUGCUGGCAUUCUUAUCGUUUUGUAUCGUGUUCUUGGUUUUUCUAUCUGUUGCUUGCUGUAUUGUGAAGUUAACAAAAUGCAGUGUG